AUGACAUUCACGCCCUCUGUCCUGUCUACUGAUAUUGAUGAGGCUCGCCUACGACAACUUGUGGAAGAAGAUCAGUAUGCAACCACUCGAGAGCUUGUUAAGGAAUUAGACGUGUUAUUUGAAGAUUCCGAUUGUCCUUUCCGUGAUUCUGAUGACGAUUUAUUAGAUGAAGUGGAUCAAAUUUUCAUGGAAAAUCCUCUGAUUUUGCCCCUGUACUAUCAUGUGGGUUCCGGAUUUGAGACUUCUUCCUCAUCAGCUCAUGGGCCUGUCUUCAUUGCUGCUUCGAAUGAACGAUCGAUCGAUGAGGCGAUUGUACUCACAGAGAAGUCUCGUCGACGGAACCAUAAAUAUCAAGCCGAGAAAAUUACUUUCCGGGCCAGUAUAGAUAUGGAACGGUUGCCUCUGAAUGUACAGGGAAUCCCAAUAGUUCGAAUUCCUGACACCGUUCGGGAAUUAUUUGAACAGCUCAUUCGCCGGACAACAGCCGAUUUGAGCCCAUCAGACCUCAUGUGA